AAUGGCGGCGACAGGGGGGGAAGGGGAAAGCGAGAGCCCAACCGUCGCUCCUCCUCCAAGCCGCCCCCCACCCUCGCUCAACUCACCGGUCGUAUUAGCGUCCGCGUCUUCUUCUGCGCUCCGGGAGCGGCCGCAGGGGCGUCGACCCCCAGCGCGCGCGCGCGCGCCCGGCCGGACAAAACGAGGUGGGGGCGGGGAUGUGGCGGGCAGAGCAAGACGCGAGGCGGCAGUGAAACAAGAUGGCGGCAGAGACGCGACUAAGGCGGAGAGCAAGCCCCGCCCACUUUUCGCCCGCUCUACGUGCCCGAGCCCUUUCACUCCGCGGGCAGACGUCACUGCGCCGACGCGAGGCUGAGCGCUCUUCCCCCCCACCUUCGCGAGGCUGUAUCGCGAGACUUCGGAGGAGCCCACCACGGCUCCCGUCCCGUCUCGGGAGGAGAGGCAUGCUGGGAAACGUAGUUUCCCCUUGAGGCUGGCUAGUCUCCCCCACGGAAUCUGCUUUUGAACUAUAAUUCCGGGGGUGGCGCGGAUGCAAUGGGAGGAGCCGGCAGUUCGGCCCUGCGGGGGGUCGGUUUUUAAGCGUGCAGUCUCAUGCACAGAGUGCACCGAUGGUGCAUCGCAUUCCCUUGAGCGUCGUGGGACUGACUUCUGAGUAAACCAUUCGCCACUGAUGGAGAUCCCAGGAAUUCUGCAUGCAAAACGCUGAGAAGCAAAUCCCCCAAAAGGGACUUUUUAGGGGAGCAGCUCUACUUAGGAGUAAGGAGGCUCCCUCAUUGCCACGAACGAGGCUUGCAUUCUUCACUAAAACAUGCUAGGGAUGGAUCCAGCUUCAAGGAGGCAGCCCCACGCACGGCUUUACUUGCAACAUGACUCUCUUCCGGAAGGCAGACAGAACCAGCAGCCGCAGAUGACUCCCAACGAGUAAACCAAGCCCCCAGUGGCAGAAUGAGGGCAUAGACGACAGCAGCCCUCCAGUGACAGCAGCGGUGGCAGACUCUCCCAGUGCCAACAAUGGCAGAGCCAGCAAGGCAAGAAUUAUCCACACUAAACGCAGGUGAUCAAGAGGAAUCAGCCAUUCUGAGCUUCACCCUGCUCCACCCUGCUGGCGAGGUGCCAUUGAGCUCACCUCCGGCGACCAUGCUUAACGGGGAGACGAGUGCCUCCUCGGCCAGGAACGUGGUCCGCAGCUCCAGCAUCAGUGGAGAGAUGUACAACCUGGAGAAGAGCAACGGGGCCAAUGAGGAUUCCGCGAGCCUCUCGUCCAACAAGAAGAGGCGGUCCAGCCUGGGAGCCAAGAUGGUGGCUAUCGUGGGGUUGUCGCAAUGGAGCAGGAGUACAGCGCAUCUCAGCCAUCCCGAUGGUGGCCCAAAGAAGCUUCGUAGUAACAUCCGCAGAAGUACAGAGACUGGCAUUGCAGUGGAGAUGAGGAACCGGGUGACUCGGCAGGGCAGCCGGGAGUCAACCGACGGAAGCACCAACAGUAAUAGCUCCGAUGGCACGUUUAUUUUCCCCACAACCAGGCUGGGAGCCGAAAGCCAGUUUAGCGACUUCUUAGAUGGGCUGGGACCAGCACAAAUCGUAGGCCGGCAGACAUUAGCUACGCCACCCAUGGGUGAUGUCCACAUUGGGAUGAUUGAUAGGAAUGGGCAGCUGGAAGUAGAGGUGAUAGAGGCCCGGGGCCUCACUCCGAAGCUAGGAUCCAAGUCUAUUCCUGCCACCUAUGUCAAGGUUUAUCUGCUAGAAAAUGGGGCCUGCUUGGGCAAGAAGAAGACAAAGACGGCCAAGAAGACCUGUGACCCACUCUACCAUCAGGCCCUGCUUUUUGACGAGGGCCCUCAGGGCAAAGUACUACAGGUGAUUGUCUGGGGAGAUUACGGCCGCAUGGACCACAAGUGCUUCAUGGGAAUGGCCCAGAUUGUUCUAGAAGAGCUGGACCUGUCCAGCGUGGUGACGGGCUGGUACAAGCUCUUCCCCACCUCCUCGCUGGCGGACUCCACCAUCGGACCCCUAACACGUCGUCUCUCCCAGUCCUCUUUAGAGAGUACAAGUCCUUCUUGUUCUUAAGGGUGGCCAGGAGGAAGGAAGAAACCGAGGAAGGACGACGCCUGGUCCUACCACAACUUUUGGUAGCACGGUUUGUAAAUACUUCAUGUCUUUCCCUUCCACCACCCUUCCUCCUUUACUCUUGAGGAGGAAACUGCUCCCAACAGUUUUAGACGUGGCCCUCACUCACUCUAAAAAAAGGCACACAAUGUAGGAGGAGAAACUUCCAGAAUGUGGUGGGGAGAAAUUAAAAGGGGAAGAAAAGAAACCUGUGAUAAAGAAAAAGUUGACAUGACCAACUCUCACUUUAGAGACUGUUACAUCACCUCAAAUCAAAUGGCCUUUGAAAAGGAGUCAACCCAUUUCUCGUCUGUAAACACUUUGGGGAACAUCUCCAAUCAGACUCAUUUAACCCCACUGCAAGUAGCUUGCUCAUUGAAUAGGCUUUCUUCCUUCUCACCUUUGAAGGGGAAGGUAGAGCUUUUCUCUUUUUUUCUUGUUAAAAGAGAAAUUCAGUACUAAGUUGUUUUUUUUUAAAGGAAUGUAGCAUCUUCAGACAUUAUGUAGCCUGCCAUGUGGUCAUAAAUCCCUCUGCAAUACCUGUGCAGACAUCUUCCCUCCUUAAUGGGAAGUGCCUAUGAGCUAUUUCCUGUUUAAUUUCUGGGUGCAAACCUCAGAAGUGCUGAGAAAGCAAGUCGGUCACUCCCUGUUUUGUGUGUAUUGCUUGCAUAUAAGGAGAAGCAAGGCAAUUUUGCCAGAGUUGUAGAGGGAAGCAACUAUAAACGGUGCAUUUGACAUGACUGUUAAGUUUAAAUCAUCUUAAAAUCCACAUUUUCUGUGUCACCUUUUGGCAAAUUUAAUUUGUUUGCCUUCUCUUACCAAGGCAUUGGACAUCAUGUUUCUUGCAGUCUUGGGGCAUUAUUCAGUCUCCUGUCCAAGUCCACUAAAAUUAGUGGGAAUUGUGCAAGAGCUUAGCUGCGAUGCAUUCCUUCAGCCAGGCAGAAGCAAAAGACAUGAUCGUCAGAUUGUGUCACUUUUAAAGAUUAAUCUUUGCAUGUUCUGUCUUUGGGCCUGGCCCAGUUUCCAGCCCAAGAGGCAGGAGAAUCAACCACAUAAGGUGAAAAUGUAUUAAAACAGAUACAUUGGAUCACCAGGGCAAAGCUGAAUACAGCUCUUCCAAACCCCAUUGGUGGGCUAUAGGGGAAUGUUUCUCAGUAGCAGCCCCUGGAUCUCUCACAAAGGUGAGUGUGGAUCUCUCAGUCGACUAAGUGUUUUGAAAUGAAUACCUUCAAGCUGCAAUCUUGUGCAUGCUUACCUGGAGUAAGCCCCCUAGAACACAGCAGGGCUUACUUCUGUGUAAACCUGCAUAGGAAUAGGCUAUUAACUGUUUGUGUGUCUGUGUUUUUAUGUAGCAAUCUGGUCCCUAAAGCAAGGACCAGUUCUUGUAGCAAAAUUGAGAAUUAUGGAAGCUUUUAAUGAAGGUGCCUAUUGAAAUUUGCUGAAAAUACUCAGGGGAGAUACUACUGGAAAUUGUGAUUUCUUCAUUUUUUAAAAAUAACGUUGCACGUCAACUGUACCAUAGGAGCAGUAAAAGAGAAAGAUCAUGGGUCAAUGUCGAAGCAGACACAAAGUUUCUGGGUGAUUUCUACUUAACAGAUAGCUCUGGAUGUUCCCUUUUCAAUCUAUGGGUGAUGGAACUGAGAUUUUAAGAAUUAUUAGCAAGACCACAGUUUUCACAAUGAACAAAGAAAUAUUAUAUCAGAGUUCCUCUAUUAAUCCAGCCAAGAUAAACGCCUCACCACCUCAGAAGAAUGAGAUGCAGAACAAAAUAACAAAACUGUAAAAGACGCCACUACCAGUUACCUCCUGCAUUUUAAUGAAAUUUGAAGACGGAGAGUGACAUCUGCCUGAUGACUAUCUAAAGUGAUCCUGCAUCUGCCCUCAAAACAUAAGCAAUUGUGCAGCGACCCCAUUUCAGCCAUCUUUGGAUUUGAAACUUCUGGCCUCAUAAGUUUAAAGGUACUGGAUUUGCAACUUCACCAAACUGCUGAAAGACUUCAAGGACUUGAUGAAGGCCCCUUGGUCUUGCUUUUCUUCUCUCAUGCAUUUUACCCUGUGCUUGGUCUAUUGCAUCAUCUUUCAAGAUAAGCAAUAUAUUGGUUUCCAAGUUUGCAUCCAAAGCAUUCUCUUUCGCUGAUAACACAGUUAAUUUAGGAAGGACUCUAAGGAAACAAAUCAGCGAUCUCCUCUGUGUUAGGUGCAUCACCAUCCAUACUGGCUGCUUUCGCAGACUCCUACUAAUGUAUCAUCAAAUGUGGAAAUGCAUACAAGUACCAGAAUUAUUAUUUUUUAAAUGCAGCAAAGCAGGAGCUACUUUGUCUUACUCUAGUUGUGACCCACUGGUAUUGACAACAAAGAACAGUCAACAAGUCAGUCUUCUCUCUGAUGGGAAGGUGAGCAGGUCCUUGGAGUAGGCAAGCUCCCAUGUGAUCCGUUUUGUCAUGGCAUGGAAAUUAUGCACGUGUUCAGCCUUCCAAACCACACACACUGUCCUGAAUUAAUAGUGGAACGAAUCAACAUGCUUCUUGAACCUUUAAAGGUCAUGGUGAGAUUUUACUACCAAGGCCAUUGCGUAGCACAACAUUUGUUUGGGACCAAAGUAGGGAAGACCACUAAGACUUCUCUUAAAGCAGACUUUUAGGUAUCCUUGUUAGACUUAGAACAGUGAACCAGCUGGCUGGCUUAGCAAGCGACUCUGGGAGAAUGUUCAUAGCAACCUAUCGGGCAUCUAAUACUAUUGCAGUGCAACAGUUAGGUGGCCAAUGGAAUGAUAGACUCUCUUGUUGUGCCUGUCUUAGGUUUUCUUAAUGGCACUUAUGCUCUGGGAGAACAAGAGUGAGAGAAGAAAAGAAUUUGAAGUCAUCUCACCCAGAUUUCUCUUCCACUGGAAUUGAAAUAUUGCUCCUUGGCAUUGGGGCGGGGGCAAACACCCUAGAUAGUAGGAUGAUGGGGCCAUGCUCAUUGCACUGACAUGGUGAAACUGUGACACUCCUUAAAACAAUGCCAGUAGACAUGCCAAAACUGACAUGCUAUGAUCAUUGGCAGGCUAGCUUCACACUGUCGUUGGCCAUGCUUUUCAGCUACCAUGGGACUGCGACAUCAUGCAUUCACUCAGCCCACAUUUACUGCACCAACAGCAUGUUAGGGGGCGAGUUUCCAAUAGCGUAUAAAAAUAGUCACCGGCUUAGUUUAUGCAUAGGGCAUAUGCAUAUAAGGCUUAGCAUAAGGGAUUAUGCAAUCUGCAUCUUGGCAUAUGAGUCUGGGUGUGUUGUUUGGCCCAUAACAAAACUCUGAAAUGAGCCUCCUUUGCGUUUGGCACCAUCAGGAACCCACAUUGAGUAUUUAGGGGAGGAUUAAGAGUAGGGGGUGCAUUUUACCAGAUAGAACACACCAGUUUAUUUAUUCAUUAAAACAUUUAAGCUGCUUCCAAACUUAUAUGCACCAGCCGGCAUCCAAAGAAAAAUGCAAGUAUUUCUAUCCACCCAAAGGGACCUGAAAGUGGGGGGACGGCGGAAACCACACGGAAUGUUCCCAAGCUCUGGGAUGCACCUAAAAGAAGAGCCCUUUUGGAUGCCAGCCAUUGUGUUGAGUAUAACCUCAGUUCUUUUGUUUCCUUUCUAUGCAUGGAAUCAGAUAUUUCCUUAACUAGAAGACCUCUCUGUUGAACUGUUUUCCUAAAGCUUCCAAAAGAAAAAAAGGGCGGGGGGAAUACCCUCCCCAAGACCAUAGCUUGGUCUGAAGGGGAAGAUCCAAAGGACAUCUGUUGCAUGAUCUAUAUUUUUGCAACAGACAACUAGUACUGAGACAUUCCUGAGCGAGCUCAUUUUUCUGUCUUUUCCCCCUUCUGUCUCUCUAAUCUGGGAGGAUGCUAUUGAAAUAAUACAUGGCAAAAUACAUCAUAGUAUAUAGGGGACAAGGAAGUCACAAACAUGGGCUCUGUCCCUAUGCUAAGUUAAUCUCUUUGGGCAUGAUCCACUAGGAAUUCUCCUCUGCAAGCCCAUUGAAAUGAGCAAGAGCUGUGGUAGAGCACAGGAGUACUCAUCGUUCCUUGGUGGAUGGGGCCCUUGGAAUUUUAACCUGAAGCCUAGUAAAUCCAGGGCUGCAGUCCUAGGCCCAUUUGCCUGGGAGUAAGUCACACUGAACACAGGUGGGACUUACUUCCAAGUUAACAUGUGCAGGACUGCACUGCAAAUAAGUUGCAUGCUAAAGGUUGUGGUUAAAAAAGCAAACCCUCCAGGCUUUUUAAAACUUCCCGUAAGGUUCAAAAGGCUAGGGCCAGCUAUGCAGACAAGAAGUGGCAUCCAUGUCAAGGGCAUAAGCCAGGGCAUAAGCCAGAAGACGGUUUAACCUUUGGCUGCAAGCCAUUCCAGCUUGUCUUGCACUCACGGACUCUAGGGGCCACCUGGCCCAUGGUGGUGGUACUGAUGCUGUCGGAAACAACUUGGAGGCAAGCCAAUGGCUUCCCUUGUUUCAUACAAGCAGCUCCUUUUAAACGUUUUAAUGAUUCAUUACAGAGCCACAACCAAGAGAGCCCUCUAUUUUCACCAGUCUUAUCCCAACCAUAAGUGGGACCACUCUAUUGGUGGCUUCCUAUGGGGAAAGUAUAGCUAAGACAUGAAGGAUUGGGUAGUUAAUUUGCACUAUUAAUUCAAGUUAUAGGAAAUGGAUAAGGGCUGAUGGGGAAACUGGGGUCUGUGCUUAAAACAAGACCACACCCAGCAUGUGUUUGGAAAGAGAAACACAAUGGUUAAAUCCUGGCCCAAUACUGUUAACAAAUGGUGGGAAGCCAGCUAUCCCAGUGGAGCAUCAGCUACUGGUUGUAUACCUCAUGAUUUUACGACUGGUGUUCAGCAGCAGCUCAUCCCAACAAGCCAGUGGAGCUGGGCUCUAAAGGAGGCCCAGGUGCCUCUCCUUCCCGGAGUGCCGUUUGCUCCUCUCUCUCCCAUCUCACUCCACCCCCAGCCUUAAUGAGAGCUGUGCUGCCAGGAGGCAGAGCUGCACAGUUAAGCUGCUGAAUGGCCAGCCUGCAGGCAGCACAGGGUGGGGGAGAGAGGAGCAAACAGAGCUCUGGGAAGGAGAGGCAGCCGGGCCUCCCUUGGAAGCUCCCUGGCUUGUUACCAUGAGAUGCUCUUGCACAGAUUAUAUGUUGCAACUUGUUUUACGUGUUUGACUGGUAAAGGCAACAGUUGCGAGAGGAAAGCAGUGGUGAUGGAGCUCCACUAAUGCAUCUCUUCCCCUAGUCAUGUUUUUGCCUCUUGUGGGAUAAAACUGCAGAUCUCCAAAUUUGCGCCACGAGGGAUGAAAAAUGUCAAGCCAGAAUAGCCCUGGGUUUUUAAGGCUGCAACAAUUAAUAAGCUCAUCCGUUGUACUAACAAAUCAAAAAUCUUUCAUCAACUGAAAAGGUGCUGUCUUAGAAGAGGCGUCCCCCACUUUUCGCUCGCGCAUACGGGAAUGCCACUUCUGUGAUGAUGUGUCAUCUACAAAUGAAAAAUGCUUUUGCUUCAGAAUGCUUGGUUUUGCUCAUAUGCAAAAGGAGCUUAAGCUCUUAAGAUUAUUCCCCUAAAACUAAUCAGAUGACAGCCCUAUUUUCUCUGACAAGAGAUGCAUUUCAUCUUUUUGUUUCACCUAAAAUAUACUUUGGUCCAAUGACCAGCCCUGGGCUGGAGUCUUGGAGUUAGACAACUCCAGAUUCAGAAAGCCACUCUGCCCUCCAGCUCCCUGUGCAAGCUCCAGCCAGUCGCUCUCUUUUAACCUAACCUACCUGGCAGCAUUGUUCUAAAGAUAAGCAGGUGUGGAAGGACACGCAGACUGCUAUGAGCUCCCUAAAAGAAAGCCGGGAUAAAAAUACAAUGAAAUUUACAAUGAAAGUGAAACGAUGUUGUUCAAGAAUGAAGAGAUCUGCCACCUGAUCUAGCCAUCGUCUGAAAUCACAGAAUCCACACUGAAGUCGCUGCUGAAGGCCUUAUAAAAAGCAUUUCCUAUUUCAAAGCUUUUCCAGAAUUUUUUUUUUAAAGAAGCCUCAGAAAUGUUGAUUUUGUGCGGGUGGGUGGGGGAGUAUGUGGGGGCAAGAGAUAUGUAUUAAUUGAGAUUGUGUUGUUUAUAAGUAAGGGAUCUGUUUCCAUGUUUGGGACGGGGCGGGGGGGGAGGGAGGGGAAGGGAGAGAUGUUUGUUAGUGACUAGACAUUCCAAGCACUUGCUGGAAUGGAAGAUUGUAGUAGUCCGAUAUUCAUAGCAAGGACCUCAAAGCAAUGCUUGCCUGAUGCCAGAGAUGAAGGAGGACACCUUGUUCUCUCUGGGCAUUUGGUGCAAUAGUCUCUCCCGAGAUGGAGCAACCAGGUCUUCGCUCCGGAGUGUUCGCACUUUGAUGUUGGUGGCCUUCUGUUUUGUCGUUUCCUCUCCAUAAAGGGCUUAUCUCCAUGUCCUUCGAAGACGAACAGGAACUAAACGAAAAUUCUUCACUUCCUUGUCAGUUUCUUAUCCCGCCCCAACCCCACUUUAACACACACAUAAUCAAACUUCUAGUACAAAGGUGAUCGAAGUUGGGGUUCUCAGGUGCUGUUGGACUACAACUCCCAUCAUCCCCACCACCGUGACCUUCCGCCAUUGUGGCAGGGGACAAUGGCAACUGAAGUCCUGCAAUCUAGCACAUUAGCACACAUGGCUCACUGUGACCGCACCCAAAUUCCCAGAGUCUGUCGCUGAAAACUGAAGGCCAGGUUCUCUCAAAAUUGGACUGGGCCUGCCACAGUUCUGGAACUGGAGUCCUGACAGAGCAGGGUUGCCAGCCUGUGGUCCUCCAGAUCCUGUUGGACCACAACUCCCAUCAUUCGCCACCACAAAAUAAAUUCUGGCUGGGGUUGAUGGGAGUCGUAGUCCCACAGCAGCUAGAGAGCCUCCCGUUGGCCAACCCUGCACUAAAGCACAAGAUCAUGGGUGUCUGCAGAUUUUUUUUCAAGAGGCAGCAAAGGCUACAACCCUAUGGCUGUUUAUCUGGGAAUAAGCCCCAUUGAAUUCUGGGGCUGGCUCAGUCUGGCGGGGGUGGGUGGGCAACCCCACCCAUCCGUGCAUGAGAUUCUUCAAUCUUGAUUUAGAAACUCUGCCUGCCGUCAUUCCUUCUAAGAGUCUCCUGCCGCCGUCCAAAGGAAGGAACUGUGUGGGUCGGGGCUUUUUGCGCAAAGCAGGUGCGACACAUGGGUGCCAGCUCACGCCUAGGACAGUUAGACAGCAGCAUUCUGUACUAGCUUGAUGUUUCGGAACCCUUUUGGAGGGCGUCUCUGGUAACUGGGAAGUCACCGCCCCUGACCCAUGUAGUUCUUUCCGUGAGCAGAGCCGCACUAGGUCCGGCCAUGCCUAUGCCACUUUGGUAAUCUGUAGAUGGGCCCAUAAUCUGCGGCCAAGAGACGAAGAGCAGUUUUUAAAAGGCGAAGGGCUAGAAGCUUUCAGCUAAUUUCAAAUGUGGCGAGGAGAAGGGUGACAAAGUCCUAAUGAACUCUGCAGGGUGUGUGUCCGUGUGUCAGAGGAGGCACAGCUGUCUCUCCUUCCUGGAGCUCCCUUUGCUGCUCUCUCUCCUGCCCAGUUAACUGCACAGCUCUACCUGAUGAACGGCCAGCCUGCAGGUAGCACAGCUCUCAUUAACACUGGGGUUGGGCGGGAAAGAGGGAAGCAAACAGAACUCCAGGAAGGAGAGAGAGAGAGUUGUGCCUUCUGGUUGUACCCUGCACCCCACCCCAGCUUCUUAGGAUGAGUUGGCCCUGGUGACAUCCUAAGCAAAGAGGGAAAGUUUUAAGCAAGCGGAGACAUGGUGGAUCAUUUGCGGCAGGAAGGUGGCCAAUAAGGAGAUGGCCAGGGUCAUUUUCACAAGAACACAGAUAAGGUUUCUAAAUUGAUUGUUUUAAAAAAUUGCCAAGUCAGCCCAAUGCUAUGGUCAACCUGCCUUUAAAAUCCAUGGUACCUGGGUGCCAUGAAAGCUCAUGAUGUAUUUUUUGCUUUAAAGGACAGAUUUGUACUCAAUAUGAAGAUAAAAGAAAACCCUAUAAAUGGGAUCAAAUUAAGAAUUAAGAAUGCCCAGUCACAUUGAGCAUAAGAAGGGGAUGGGCAGUGGAUAGAGUGGUUUCAAAUGAACCAAGAACUCAACGGCAAUUUUCUACUUGCGCUCUGUAAUGGUUUAUAUGUGGCGUGGUCUUUCCUAAACGUAAAACUCUUGUAUUUUUCUGUGGUUUAUAUGCAGCAGGACUGACCGCUUUGUAAAAUAUUAUUGCCAAGUUUUUUCCUCUUUCCAAAGGAGACAAGAUGGAUUUUAAAAAAAAGUUGAUGUUUCUCCAUUUGGCUUGUUAACUGCAUGUACAGUAUUUGGGCAGCAAAUGAAGAUGAUUAAAGCCAGUUUUGAAAACUG